GAAGGGAACAGUCAAACUUUGCAACAAAGUUUUUGCCAGUGUUUAAUUUAUUUCUGUUGUUUGUCUGGUCCGUAUAAGCUUACACUAGUAUGACUUCAACGCUGAGGAAAGCGUACCAUAUCACAGCAUUCAGCUGGUAUGCUUUUGUUGUGAAGAGUCUCGCUGCCAAGGAUGGAGAGGAGUUACCACCAGGAAUCUUUGUUUAUGGAGGACCUUGGAAGUACCUUACUUUUUUGAAUUUGUUAUUACAAAUGUCAUUCUUUGGACUGGCGGCACUGAAUGAUCUACAACCUGGGAAGAAGUCAGAAAGCACUCUGAGCAGAUGUAAAGACCUUCUCUUUUCUGUCUUUGCCUUCCCUGUGGGCAUGUUUGUUGUUCUACUUUUCUGGACGAUCUUUGCCUAUGACAGAGAAUUAGUCUACCCGGCUACUAUUGACACCUUCUUCCCCCCCUGGAUAAAUCAUGCUAUGCACACAUUUGUUCUUCCUGUUUUACUUGGAGAGGUGCUGGUGCAGCCUCACAGCUACCCACAGACUAAACAUGCGCUGGCAGCAUUAGGAGGUGUGGGCUUGGCUUACUUAUUUUGGAUUAUAUGGGUGUAUGUGUCAGUUGGGAUUUGGGUGUAUCCCCUUCUUGCACACUUCAGCUCUCCUGGUUUAGUGGGCUUCUUCUUUUUCAACAUGUUGGUGGUGACAUUGCUCUACGUGCUCGGGGACAAGCUCAACAGCCACGUCUGGAGCAAGGACAUGAACAAAAUGACAGCAAUAACAAAGUAAUUUAGCCUUUCUGCCACAUGAAAAUUGUCAAACAGUAAUCCUUUAAAGCAAGACUGUAACUUUUGAAAGAAGAGGUUACACGUUCUUUUUCUUUAAUAU